AUGGAGGCGCCCAAGGCAGCAGCAGCUGGCCGAGAUCGGGACUACAGAUUCAUCGCGAAAGCCGUGGACGAAGCUUACCAGGCAGUCGAGUGUGGCGGCGGAAACCCGUUCGGGGCAGUCAUCGCCCGUGGCGACGAGGAGGUGAUCAGCUGCCACAACUCGGUCCGCAAGGACACCGAUCCGUCGGCGCAUGCUGAAGUAGCCGCCAUAAGACAGGCUUGCAAAAAACUAGGGAGAAUCGACCUCUCCGACUGCGAAAUCUACGCGUCCUGCCAACCAUGCCCAAUGUGCUUGGGACUGAUUCGCUUAUCCAAGAUAAAGAAGGUAGUGUAUGGAGCCAAGGCGGAGGUCGCUGCUGCUGCUGGGUUCAGUAGCACCGUCCCAGAUGCUUUCGUAGAGUACUAUCAGAGAUCCGGCAUGGAGAUCAGGCAGGCCGAGGGCGAAGCGGCCUGGAUCGCUGAGCAGGUCUUUGAGAAGACAGACGGAAAGUUUCGGACGAAGUAA